AAAAUGGAGUAAAAUGGAACAAAAAUAAAUUCCGGACUAAUGUUAGAAUUGGAGCCAAAAAUAUUAUAACUAAACUCCCUAGAAAUACGAAGUAUUCUAAAGACGUCUCAACACCCUUUAGAUUCCUGGUCACUGCUUAUCGAUGAAGAUAUGUUAAAACAUGUAGUCGACAAUACAAAUAUUUAUAUUGAUUGUACGUGGAAAUUUCACUCAUGAACGGGAUGCGAAAGCAACAAAUGAGUUGGAAAUCAAAGCUUUAAUUGGAUUGCUGUAUUUAUGUGGAGUUUAUAAAUCAUCCCAUGUGAACGUAAGAGAUUUGUGGGCAACAGGCAGAACGGGAAUGGACAUAGUUCGGGAAUAAAUGUCAAUGAACCGAUUCCUCUUUCUUUUACGAUGCCUCCGUUUUGAUGACAUUAGAGAUCGUCCCAGUAGAAGAGACGUUGAUAAAUUAGCUUCGAUCAGAGAAUUUUUUGGAAAUUUUGUCACAAAUUGCCAAAAGGCUUAUACUUUAGGAGAGUAUGUGAUCAUUGAUGAGAAGUUGGAAUCAUUCAGAGGUCGUUGUUCCUUCAAACAAAAUAUGCCCAACAAGCCAGCAAAGUAUGGCAUAAAAAUAUUUGCUCUUGUAGACGCAAGGGUAUUUUAUACCUGGAGUAUGGAAAUUUAUGCUGGUAAACAACCAGAUGGGCCAUUUCAAGUUGAAUUUGGUGCAAGCGAAGUUGUCAAACGUUUAAUAAGGCCCUUAUACAACUCUGGUCGAAAUUUAACAGUUGAUAAUUGGUAUAUGGGAUUUGAAUUAUCUCAAGAUCUCCUAAAGAAGAAAAUUACGAUAGUAGGUACAAUGCGUAAAAAUGAGAGAGAAAUCCCACCUGAGUUUCUGGCAGAGAAAAGAGAAGUAUAUUCUUCAAUUUUCGGUUUUCAGAAAGAAGCAACACUUGUAUCUUAUGUGCCGAAAAAAAAUAAGAGUGUGAUCCUGUUAUCCACAAUGCAUUCCGGCGAUCAAAUCGAUGAAUCUACUGGGGAAUCUAAAAAGCCUGAAAUCAUUACAUUAUAUAACAUGACAAAAGGAGCAGUCGAUGUUGUAGAUGAGAUGGCAGCUGCGUAUUCUACAGCAAGAGUAGCACGUCGAUGGCCUAUGGUGAUUUUCUUUUCAGUGUUAAACGUGGCUGCCAUUAAUGCAAGAAUAAUUCUACUAUCAAAGAAGGAACUACCAACGGAAUACCAUACCAGGCGUACUUUUCUCAAAGCCUUAGGGAUGCAGUUAAUAGAAAAUGUUCAAAAUGAACGACGACGAGCAUCUGUAGUUCCUGAUUCUAGACAAACACUGACCACCGAUGAACAUGUUAACAAUGAACCACAAAUACCAGCAUGCUCUGAUUUGUCAGCAGAUACUGAAUUAUGA